AGACAAUUGCUCAUAGUUUUGAAAAUGGCGGGUUCUCGAGCUUUGUUCUUGGUGGUUUUUGUGUUUGCGAUAGCAUUUCAAUCCUCAAUGGUCCAUGCAAACUUCCGAAAAGCCAUGUAUUUCAAUUGGGGUGCUCACCAUUCUUCCAUUCUUGGCAAUGGCGAUGAUCUUCGCCUUGUUUUGGACCAAACUUCCGGAUCUGGUAUCCAAUCAAAGAGGGCGUUCUUAUUUGGAAGCAUCGAAAUGCUAAUCAAGUUGGUUCCAGGAAACUCAGCCGGAACUGUAACAGCAUAUUAUAUGGUAUGUUGAUAAUGUGCCGAUUCGAGUCUUCAGAAACUACGCGAGUGAAGGGAUCCCUUACCAUAACCAUUUACACACGGUUCAAGCUAGCAAGUGCUUUAAGAGCGCAUUUGACGUCCAUUACUCGACACUAAAACUGUUUUCUUUUAACGAUGAAAAAGAAUUGCGGUACAACGAGGAAACUAUUAAAUUCUCAAAACCAUUAACCUAAACACUUUGAAGCAACUUGUAGACAUGAUUAAACCUAAUGAAAAAAUAGUAAGCAAUUCUUUGAAGCAUCCCUUCCCUUUGGUCCAUUGAUGAAAACAAGUUUACCUUGAAACUUGUUAAUCAUUACAACUCACUUACAAUUCAAUUUAUGAGUCAUAAAAACACAAUAAGUAACUUUUGUCCCUUAGAAUCUGAUGGAGUUCAUUGCUGCUCGGGAUCCUUUGCUACCUGGACCUUUGCUCGCUAGAGAUGGAGUAACCGGUUGAAGUCUAGGUCCCAAAUCCUUGACGUCUGGACAAUCGAUAAGCUUGCCAUCUUUACAUUGAUACUCAAUUUCGGUGAGACCUUGAGCAAGAAUAGAAGAUUUAAAUAAC